AUGGAAGAUUUGGUUACUAUAAAUAAGAAAAAAAGAGAUAAAAUUAAGCGAAAAAAAUAAUUAAAAUAGACGAAAUAUGGCAUGAUUCUUAUAUAAGAGAUUAGUGAUACAAAAAUAUUUUAAAUUCCAGGUGAUAUCACGUUGGAUUUAAACCAGCUUUUACAUAAAGACAGCAUAUAACUAAUAUCCUCAUGGAAUGCCUUUCUAAAGGUAAAAUAAAUCAAAAAGUCACUUUAAUCUAAAUUUAUAGAAGUAUAUCUUGAUACAGAUGUUUAAACAAGAAGCGAUAUACCGCUUAUUAUCAAAUUACUUAAAGACAGUCAAUCAAAAGAACUGUUUGAUCUUGCUAACAUGAUUGAAGAGUAUUAAAAUGUCGUCUAAUCUAAAUAGCUUCUCUAGAACUUAAAAAUAGAACAGAAAAUGGAGUAAAUAAUUAUUAAAUAAGAAGAAGACCAAAGCGAGGAAGUUUGUGAUGAAUAUCAUGGAUGGAACUUUGAAAAAAGCGCAGAAAAAGCAGAGAAAAUAAUAAACGAUCUAAUUAACUCUAUGAAGGAUUCAGAUGAUCAUUAUACCUACUUAUUGCUUAAAGGAAAUAAGUACGAUUAAAUUAAAAGCAGAUUGGGAUAUUCUACCUAAAUAUUAAGAAAUUUUCUGUGCUUAAAUGAUGAGCAGAUAGAACAGUUAUGCUUAAGGAAACCUAUUAUAAUUAACAUAAAAUACAAGCAUUAAUAUACUGAAUAUUUAUUUAAUAGAAUUAAUAAUUUGGUAAGAGCUUUAAAAUAAGAAAGUAGUGAUUUAGAUUAUUUUAGAUAAUCAUGUAAUGAGUUAAACCAAUUGACAUUUGAUUUAUAUAGUAUUGAUAAUUUAGUUGUUAAAGUAUAAUAUAAAUAAUAUUUGUAUGUUUUAAGUAAUUAUAAAAACUAAAUGGAUGACAUACUAUACAUAGGUAAGUGUAUGCCUAUUCGGAAUCAAUCGGCUUCCUAAAUUUUAUAGGGUAUGAGAAAUCUAAGAAAAAAUUUAAGUGAAAUAUGUUAAUAAAAUUCUUAUAUGAAUUAUUUAAGUUAUCAGCUAAUCUUAAAUGAUUAAAAUUAUAUAAAACAAUCUUUAAAUUUUGUUGAUAAAUUUUACACUAUCAUUAAUAAUGACAUUUUUUCAGAUAUUUUAUAAAAUUUAUGA